AUAUUUUCGAGUGUUUUGCAUAAUAAAAAUCUUAAACUAUAGGCGAGUAACACUCCAAAAGACGCUCAGGUGAAGGUGACGGUGCCGGUGCAGGUGCAGGUGCAGGUGCAGGUGCAGGUGCCGGUGCCCAACUCAUACGCAAAUUCAAUUCCUUUAGAACCACUCGAACCUCUCAUAAGUCAUACGCAAAUUCGUCACUCAUACGCUAAUUGCCUAAUUCCAAAGCUCGAAUUGCAGAAGCUCGUUCCAGAAAUGAGAUGGUUCAUUAUCAACAUUGAUGUAUCUUGCGAGAUUACAUCUUUAUAGAGAAAAAUGGCGAUUAAACACCAAAAAGGGGAUGUGAUUGUUUGUGUGGGUUCCAAGUCCAAUGAAAGAGGUGAUGGUGUCCCUGUUCGAGUCGCUCGCAGGGCUAAGAGGUUUGGUUGGAUUAGUCGACAGAGACUCUCGGUUUUGUUGUUGCUAAUUGGAGCUAUAUUCUUCAUAUGCAUGACAUUUUUCAGUGUUAAAGUGCAUUUCCAUGGUGAGAAUGAAGAUGGCAUGUCGUCUUUCUUCAGUGUGCGGAAAAGAGGCCUCGAGAGCAAUAUUACCAAAAAGAAAAGAUCUUCAAAACAUUAUCCAUGCGACGUUGAAUUUGCAAAGUCUGUUGAAUAUAUUCUGGAGCCCAAAGAUUAUUUGAACUUCACGAACUUUGAUUUGGACUAUAUUGGCAAAGAGGAGAAAUAUUUGACGAUAAGCCCGUACAAACUCAGAUUUAAUGGUCAUCAGACUCUAGAAGAACGAGAGAGGUCUUUUUAUGCCAGAAACCAGUCUCUGCAUUGUGGCUUUAUAAAGGGGCCUGAUGGGAUGGAAAGUACUGGAUUUGAUUUGGAGGAGAAGGACCAGAAGUAUAUGAAGUCAUGCGCCGUUGUUGUGUCAUCGUGCAUCUUUGGAAGUUCUGAUUUUUUGAGGCGGCCGACAAGUAAAUUGAUUAGUGAAUAUUCAAAGACACUUGUCUGCUUUGUUAUGUUCCUGGAUGGGGAAACAUUGUCGAAAUUGUUUUCAGAAGGAAAUGUUCUUGAUGAGAGAGGACACAUGGGUUUAUGGAGAAUUGUAGUUGUAAAAGAUUUGCCUUAUGAAGACAUGCGACGAACCGGUAAGGUGCCAAAGCUCCUAGCACAUCGGCUAUUCCCAUCUUCUAGGUAUUCUAUCUGGCUUGAUAGCAAGAUGCGGCUUAAUGCUGAUCCUUUGUUAAUACUGGAACACUUUCUAUGGCGAACUAAAUCAGAGUAUGCCAUCUCAAAGCAUUAUGAUCGCCAAUGUGUUUGGGAGGAGGUGCUCCAAAAUAAGCGUCUUAAUAAGUAUGAUCACACUGCCAUUGAUGAGCAGUUCAAGUUUUACCAGGCUGACGGGCUUACCAAGUUUAAUGCAUCUGAUCCUCAUAUUGCUCUUCCAAGUUAUGUACCUGAAGGUUCCUUAAUAGUCAGAGCCCAUACACCAAUGUCAAAUCUUUUCUCAUGCCUCUGGUUUAAUGAAGUGGAUCGUUUCACUUCUCGUGAUCAGCUGAGUUUUGCACAUACCUAUUUGAAGUUGAAGCGAAUGAAUACUGAUAGACCAUUUUUUCUUAAUAUGUUCAAGGAUUGUGAGCGUAGAGCAUUGGUGAAGUUAUUUCGCCAUAGGGAUGGUCAAUCUCUUCCAACUCCGCCUUGAUAUAUAAAGGUUCUUUUUAUCCUUGGCAUGUCCAUACUUCGAAGGACGAUUUUUUUCCAGAAAGCUGUAUCGUCAGUCGAGUAGAUCUGAGAUAAUGCAGUGGCAUCCGGAAAAAUUCAGGGUGAGAUUAUUUCCAUGAUGUUGGCUUUAUAGGUUAUUCAAUUUUUAUUAGCCAUUUUGAAGAAGCUUCUUGUUUUUAUAUUUAUGAUAAAGAUAAUACUCAAUGUACAUGUCAUACGGUUUUAUAUAUAAUAAAUCCUUAUUGCAUAUUUGAAUCAA